UGUCUAGCGUUUUAGUUCGUGUUUUAGGUGAUGGGUUGGAAGUACAGUGCUGGGUUGGGGUUGAUCGGCACAGUUGUGUUUUUAUGGGUUGUAUCUGCAGAGAUAACACAGAGGAUUUUCGCUGAGUACAAACAGCCAUUUGCACUCACUUAUAUUGGUGUGUCUCUUAUGGUGGUUUAUUUACCCAUAGCAGUGUUCAAGGAUUGGAUCUGCAACUUAUUCGAUGCAAAUGUUUUUAGAAACCUCUACGAUAGUAACUCGGUAAUUAAUACUUCAAUUGGACUCGAUAUUCCUCUUAGAAUCAAUGAAAUGCCCCACUGUGCAGAAGCUGACCUCAGAAGCCGACUCAUAACUGACAAGGAUGUUAGUGAAAGAGAAGAGGGACAGCCUCUCAACACAAGUAAUGAGAAGGAUGAACCUCACUUGCCUCGACAUGGUGGUGGACUGAGUUCAUGGGAAAUUGCCAAAUGUAGUUUAUAUCUCACUCCGAUAUGGUUUAUAACUGAGUAUUUAUCUACUUCUGCUCUGGCAAAUACUAGUGUUGCAAGUACAACUGUCCUUACCUCUACUUCAGGUCUCUUUACACUUUUCUUUGGAGCUCUUCUCCGCCAGGACACCAUAAAUGUUGCAAAAGUUGUCGCUGUAUUUAUUAGCAUGGCUGGUGUUGCUAUGACCACAGUUGGAAAGACAUGGGCAUCAGAUGAAAAGCUUAGUGUCUCUGAAAUUAGAGGGCACUCAAUCACAGGGGAUAUUUUUGGUCUUCUCUCGGCAAUUUCAUAUGGCUUAUUCACAGUUCUGCUCAAGAAAUCUGCUGGAUCAGAAGGAGAUAAGGUUGAUGUGCAAAAGAUCUUUGGAUACAUUGGGCUCUUCACUCUUCUCGGGCUUUGGUGGCUUGUGUGGCCACUUAAUGCUGUGGGGAUAGAACCUCCAUUUACAUUUCCACAUUCAGCAUCUGUUGGGGAGGUAGUGCUGCUUAAUGGCUUUGUGGGAAGCGUUCUGUCAGACUACUUCUGGGCCCUAUCGGUGGUUUGGACAACUCCAUUAGUUGCAGCAUUAGGCACGUCAUUGACAAUACCCCUUGCGAUGUUAGCUGAUAUGGUAAUACAUGGUCGACACUGCUCUGCAGUCUACAUCGUUGGGUGCAUUCAGGUCUUUGCAGGUUUUGUUAUAGCUAACAUGUCGGACAAGCUUUCUGCUAAAUCGGAGUUGAAGUAGUUAUUCGCGAAUCGCGAGUUUCAGAGGAGAUUCAACGCUUUUUUUAUAUGUAAACAAUGUAAUAGCAGGACUUCAGGGGCUUGUUGUUUAUUUGACAAUUACAGGAAAAACAUGAACAAUAACGACUAGCUUAGUCAAAUAUUUUAAUUAAACAUAAACUCCCUACGUUGUUGCUUAAAUUGGAUCAUUUCCCUCUUA